AUGCAGGGCUACAACCGACCAAAAGCUUAUAUUGCAGCCCAAGGGCCUUUAAAAUCAACAGCAGAAGAUUUCUGGAGAAUGAUAUGGGAACAUAAUGUGGAAGUCAUUGUAAUGAUAACUAACCUUGUUGAGAAAGGACGGAGAAAAUGUGACCAGUACUGGCCUGCUGAUGGCAGUGAAGAAUAUGGAAAUUUUCUAGUGACACAAAAGAGCAUUCAUGUUCUUGCUUAUUACACCGUGAGGAAUUUCACUAUCAGGAACACCAAAGUAAAAAAGGGCUCCCAAAAAGGAAGGUCAAGUGGUCGUUUAGUUUCUCAGUAUCAUUAUACUCAGUGGCCUGACAUGGGUGUUCCUGAGUACACGUUGCCAGUGUUGACAUUUGUUCGAAAGGCUUCCUAUGCUAAACGACACGCUGUAGGUCCUGUGGUGGUUCAUUGCAGUGCUGGUGUCGGAAGAACAGGCACAUACAUAGUAUUAGACAGCAUGCUCCAGCAAAUUCAACAUGAAGGGAGUGUCAACAUAUUUGGAUUCCUGAAGCAUAUUCGAACACAAAGGAAUUAUUUAGUGCAGACAGAGGAACAGUACAUCUUCAUUCAUGAUGCACUUGUGGAAGCCAUACUAAGCAAAGAAACAGAAGUACCUGAGAAUCACAUUCAUGCCUAUGUGAAUUCACUCUUAAUACCAGGACCAAUGGGAAAGACAAGAUUAGAGAAACAGUUCAAGCUCCUGAACCAAUCAAAUAUACAGCAGUGUGAUUAUUCUACGGCAUUGAAACAAUGCAACAGAGAAAAGAAUAGGACUUCAUCUAUAAUUCCUGGUAGGUUUGUCAAAAACAAAAUUCACUAAAUAUAACCCCAAAAUUAAGACAGUGGUUUUAUUGCAGUUAUUAUUAAUAUACUAGAGGUAUAUUAUAAUUAGUAUACUAGAGGUUUAUUAUGAUAAAGGAAG